AUGCAAACCAAGUAUAACCCUGUACCUUUUUUGUUCAAUUUUCUCUUCUACUCUCACAAUUUCCUAGUUCAUGGCUUCAACGAAAAAAAAGAAAACUCGAUUCUAUCUCCCGAACAGCUCGAAAAAAUGUUGUUGGAGAUGGGGCAGGUUCAUUUAUUUGAGAAUUGGCCUGAUCCUGGUGUUGAUGAUGAUGAUAAAGAAGGUCUGCUUUCUCAGAUGGUGCAAAGUAGUUGGGAAGUUGAGCAAAUGUUGGAUGUUUACAUCCAUGACUAUUUGUUGAAACGGAAGUUGCAUCCAUCUGCAAAAGCUUUCAUGACUCAAGGGAAGGUUUCUAUAGAUCCUCUAGUUAUUCAUGCUCUGGGUGGAUUUAUCUUUGAAUGGUUGUCUGUCUUCUUGGACAUUUUUAUUGCAUAGACUAAUGAAAAACAUUAUGACGCAACUUUAGUUUACAUUGAGGUGCUUUUUAUGUAUUGAUUUAUUUUUAUAUAUUGAUUUGUUUACAAUUGUUGAUGUUUCCUUUUUUACAAUGUUUUCCUUUUUUUUUUAUGUUUUUCAUUUCUUUUUUUUAAGUUAUUGUAUGAGUUUUAAGAAUUUUUUUAAGCCCUUCAUGCUACAGUCGUUUUGGUAAAUAUUUUAAAUCAUACUUAGUUGAUGCUACAGAGAGAUCAAUUGGUGUAAAUGGAAAAUUUUAAUUAUGGAUCCUGAUAUUUUUGUGUUUCCUCUUACAUGUGAUCUUCAAUUCUGGAUUAUGAUAAUUUCUAUUGCUAAUAAUUAUUGAACGAUUUUUUCUAAUUUGCACAGAUUAACACCAGCAAGAUUUGAAAUUGCAUCGUUAGUUUUCACUUGUAUUACCAACCCCGCAAAGCAUGGGAAUUCCAUUGAUUCUAACUAAAUCAGUCAUUGGUCAACCUGAAAAAGUUGUGAUUAAAAUAGAUGUUUCUAAAUCUAAGUGUGGUCAAAUUUGUAAAUAACAAUGGGUAAUAAAAGACUAUGAAAUAUCCUCCAACCUUUGUAACUCCAACAUAUCCUCCAACCUUUGUAACUCCAACACCCGCAACGCGGGAUUCUUUCCUAGUUAUAUAUUAAUAUUAACAAAUCAUUUAUAAAUGUAACACGUAGUCUUUUUUAU